AUGCAGCGCGCCAACUACGGGCAGUCGCCCCCUCUGCACCACCCCGUGCCGCAGCACGUAUCGACGGUACCGCAACUCAGAUCGCCUCCCCCUCCUCCAGGCUCCGCACAGUCGCAACAGGGUUACGGCGGCAAUCCCUAUCAACAGCAAGGUGGCGGCACGGGCAACGUCUUUGGCGCCUAUGGCCAGUUCAUGAAUGAUCCUACCGCCCAGGUCGCUGCUCAGUUUGGCCAGACUGCUUUCAAGCACGGCCAGGAAUAUGUCGAGCAAAACAUCGGUCGCUAUGUCAACGUUUCGGCUUUGAAGCACUACUUCAACGUCUCCAACUCCUACGUCAUCAAUAAACUUUUCCUUGUGCUCUUCCCUUGGCGGCACAAGCCGUGGGCGCGAAAGCAGGGCACCGCGACGAAUGGCCAGGAAGGCUGGUAUCUGCCCCCACGGGACGACAUCAACAGCCCCGACAUGUAUAUCCCAGUCAUGGCUAUUGUCACCUUUAUCCUCCUUUCGACUCUCAUUGCUGGUCUACGAGGCGACUUCCAGCCCGAGCUGCUCGGCUAUACUGCCACGAAGGGACUGGUCGUGGUGAUUGUCGAAAUCAUCGCUCUGAAGCUCGGUUGCUACCUCCUAAGUAUCUCCAGCCAGUCUCAGCUCUUCGAUCUGAUUGCCUACUCCGGCUACAAGUUUGUUGGCAUCAUUACGACCAUUGCAGUUGCGGAAAUCGUCAAUGGGGGCAAGGGCACUGGCGGAUGGAUUGGCUGGACCAUAUUCCUGUACACCUUUCUUGCCAACUCCCUCUUCCUGAUGCGAUCCCUGAAAUACGUCCUGCUGCCUGAGAACGCCGGCAGCACUGGAGGACCUAUGCAAACCGAUUCGAGAGCCAAGCGUAACCAGAGGACCCAGUUCCUCUUCUUUUACUCCUACAUUGUCCAGUUUUUCUUCAUGUGGGUGCUGACACGAGCAUAA